AUGGAUUUCAAUGGGAUUUUUGGAGCUGAAUUGGAAGAGUCGGAUGACAACAGCUCCGAUGGAGACCGUGGCUGUUAUUAUGCGAGUGACGAAGAAGGGGACGAGGAUGAAGGUGACCCAACAGGAUGCAGAGAAGAUGAAAAUGGUAACCUCUCAGGUGGUGCCAGUCAUGCCGGGGAUGAUGGGAAAAGUCGUCCAGUUGUCGCAGAGGAUUUUAUGGGCAGAGAGUUUGUCGGGGAGGAGGAUGCCUAUCUUGCUUACAAGGAGUUUGCUAGAAUGAGGGGUUUCGGGGUCCGCAAGGGCGAUGUGGGGCGUGUCGACGGGGUUUUGGUCAGGAGAGACUUUUUCUGCCAUCGACAGGGCACAAGACAUGCUAAGCACUAUGAUCGUCCUGAGCGAGUUAGGGAGGAGAGGUUGGAGAGUCGAACCGACUGCAAGGCGAAGUUGAAGAUUUUCUAUGAUGUGCAACGCAGUGUGUGGAAGGUCAGGAGCAUCUUCGAUGAGCACAACCACGAGCUUGCUCCGGCCAUGUUUUCACACCUCGUACCUAGCCAUCGCUCGAUGAGUGAUGGUGACAAAGCACAAGUUGAUAGCAUGAAGCAAUUUGGUAUACCAACUGCGAAGAUAAUGGCUUACAUGGCUGGUCAAUCUGGAGGGUAUGGAAUGCUGCGAUUUACAAAGCGUGAUUUGUAUAAUUAUAUACAUGGUCAAAGGCUGGCCCGAAUCAGUGAUGGCGAUGCUGCAGCAACGAUCAGUUACUUGGAGGGCAAGGCGAAUGCCGACAUGACGACUGUAGCACAUUACACGCGAACUGCCGAUGAUCGGCUGGGGAGCCUUUUCUGGGUCGACGGUGAAAUGAUGACCGACUAUCAGUUAUUUGGUGAUGUUAUGGCCUUUGAUUCGACGUAUCGGUCUAAUAAGUACAAGAAACCGCUUGUAGUGUUCUCUGGAUGUAAUGGGAGAGAAGACUCCGUGUGUUGUUGUCACGGAUGGGGACAAAGCGAUGCGCGCAGCCAUCGCGGAGGUGUUCCCGGCAGCAAGGCACCGGCUGUGUGGGUGGCACUUGGAGAAAACUGUGUUCAACGGGUUAAGGAUACGGAGUUCCGAAAGGUUUUUAAGAAGGCUAUGUAUGCGAACUUCGAGGUGGAGGACUUCGAGGAAUAUUGGAAGACGGCGGUGGAGUCACUUGGCCUACAAAAUAAUAGUUGGGUUCAACAAACAUACGAGGUUAAAGAAAGUUGGGCAACAGCAUAUCUCCGGGGCACUUUCUGUGCGGGAUACCGAACAACCUCAAGGUGUGAGGGGAUUAAUGCAUACAUAAAGGGGUUCCUGAAAUCCACUGAUAGCAUUUUGGAGCUGGUGCACAGCUUAGAUCGCGUUGUAAAGGUUUAUCGAAACAACGAAGUCACGGCGCAGUUCUAUUCUACGUACUACAGCCCCGUGUUAACAACCGGGCUUGACUCUAUCGAGCUUUUUGCAUCGAAGCUGUACACUCGAGCAGUUUUUAGAGAGGUCAAGAAACAAAUCAGGGGUGUUGCAACCUUGCUGUUUCGUGGGAGAGACAGCAUCAGCACCACGGUUGUCUACAAGUUUUCAAGGAUGGGCGCGCCUGGUAGGAUUCACAAGGUUUUAUUCGACCCAGAUGACAAGAAAAUUCAGUGCGACUGUUCGAUGUGGAAUAGUGAGGGUAUUCCAUGUAGUCACAUAUUCUGCCUGAUGAAGUACGAGGGUUUGGAACAAAUACCGGACAGCCUUAUUGUGAGAAGAUGGUGCAAGGAUGCAAAGGAUUCCAGACGGAUGCCGGUGACAAUGAGACCUGGAGAUGAAGGUCGCAUGCUUAGGUAUGCCGCACUUUCUUCGGCCACAAGCUUGGUCGCAACACUUGGUUCGGAUGAGCGUGAAGACUUCGAAUUCGCUAAGGAGAGCAUCGCGAGUCUAAUAGAUAAGCUACGUCACAGAGUUUAUGAAAGGGCAGGUGGUCAGCCAGGUAUGUCGGGGUGGAAAGCGAUGAAGGACCCGGUUGUGGCAAGAACAAAAGGUGCCCCUAAGAGGAAGAAGGAGUUCGACCAAUGUAGUCAACCCGACGUGCGAGGGAAGAGGCGUUGCUGCACCAAAUGUGGCACACCCGGGCAUACCAAGAGGACAUGCAGCGGGUACUGUGCACGAGGGGUGUCCGGGAUUGGUAAUGGGGUCUCCCCCACGGAUGGCAACGGUUCGCAUGACGGCCCUGCAGCCGCUUCAGCGUCUCUUCCGACCGAGCUCGGUCAUGCGUAUGAGGAUCAAACCUCGGGUCACGGCGAAGCUGGUCUGAAUAACGUGUCUACCUCAGCGGCAAAUACAUCCUCCAUGGUGAGUCGGAGAGGUAGUCCAUGUUGGCGUCCUCCGUUUUCUGGCGGGGGAAGUGGGGGGAACUUCUUCCUUGGGGGCCAACACAUCCACCAAUUCUAUGCAUCCCAACCUUGCUCCGGGCACCAAAGCGAUCCGCCGCCGCACGCCGGGCACGGGAGUAUGUCAACUCCGAUGAGGGCUAUGAAUGAGGACUUGUUUGAACGGUGGCUGCUCCAGAAUGUGAUGGGUCGUCGCUCGUCGAGCAAUAUGCAGGGGGGAUUUCCCACGCGUGGAACUUGAUGUUAAGCUGGGGGAUAACACAUACCGAAUACUUUGUGUCUUGCAAAAAGUUAUUAUUUUCGGUAAGGUCUGUCUUGCUAAGUGGAAGCUGCAGAUUUCACUAGUGUGUGCUCUGUUUUUCUGAUUUAUUGUAACUACAUUUCUAGUGUCUUGCUGGUGACAAAUUGAAGCAUUAUUUGAGGUUUUAGUUGGGUUUGUUUAAUUUUGUCUCCGGAAUAGCUUGGCCUAUACUCAGUUUCUCACUAUGUUCGUAGCUCCCAUUGUCUGCAUAAUUAUGGCCAGAUGAUGUUAUUUGCUUCGUUGAUGAAGAUGGAGAAUCUGCUUUCUUAGUAGAAGGACUGGCUGCUGAAGGCUUUGUCUGAGUUCCUGUAGGCUUUGAAGUUGAACUUGUUUGAGUAAAUUUAGGCUCUGAACUUGAAUGAAUUUCUUGGUGUUGCUAUUUGGAAUAUCUUAGCUGUAGGUUGCAUAGAUGUCUUUUUUUUUUGGUAAAAUGCAUCGAUGUCCUUUUUGUGCUGA